AUGGUUUGUUCCUUCCAUUUUCGUGAAGUUAAGCUGGUCGACUCGGCGCAUCCAAACGCUGCUGAUGUCUUUGCUGUCGCGCCUACAAGUACACAACUGCUCUCGGCUUCAGGCUCGAGUAGCAUCAAUGUCUACGACACCACAAAGCCCGAGUUCCCUGUCAUACAAACAUUAGACAAGGCGCACCCACUCGGCAUCCACCACCUGGUCACAGCAAGAGAAGACAAGGCGAGGCGAGCUGCGAGUGCUGGCUUCGAAGGCAAAGUCAAGAUAUGGAGUCAGGGCGAGGAUGGAGUGUGGAGUGAAGACGGAGAGAUUGUUGGUGGAACGCGAGCGCUGACGCAUGCUGCAGACCAGAACAAGCCUGGUGAGAUAUGGGCCAUUGCCAUCAGCGCAGACGGCCAGUAUUUGGCAGGCAGCAGCAUCAACGGCAAGGUCAACGUCUGGAGCUUGAACAAAGGCGAAGGCAUGCCCAAGAUCCGCGAGUACGAGACGAAAGGCAGCUUUGGACUAUGUGUCGAUCUAAGUCGCAACGGUAGCUUCACGGCAUCUGGUCACGAGAACGGAUCCGUCUACGUCUUCAACAACGAAACCGGUCGCCUUGCACACUCUCUAGCCGGCCUGGUCCAUCCAGUCCGCAGCGUGGCAUUCUCGCCCGCAUCGAAGCUCCUCGCGGCUGGAGGAGAUGCAAGAAUCAUCGCGCUGUACGACGUCACAUCCGGCGAACAAGUCGCCAACUUCACAGGACACGGCGGCUGGGUAUUGUCUCUAGACUGGAGCGAUACGGGCGAGUAUCUGUUAUCAGGCUCGCACGACUCAAAAGCAAAAGUAUGGCGCAUCGAUACGCGGACGUGCGUCGCGACGCAUUCUCACGGCGACAAGCCGCUGUGGAGUGCGAAGUGGUUGCCCAAGAACCCGGUCAAGAGCGAGAUGUUUGCGCUGGCUGGAGGGAAUAACUCUAUCGGCUUCUAUCGAGAGGCGGCUGGUUGA